AUGUGCGAGCAAGAUUACCGUUACUAUACAUGCGGUUGCAGGAAGUGGGAAGAAUUCCGUCAAUGUGAACCGGUCACUUUGAUUCGACUUGUGGACUCGAGCCACAUGUGCAAAACGCACAUGGUGAAGCCAGGGAAAGAUGAAAUGCGGCGCUGA